AGUAGCCGUACCAAAGAUUGGAAACGUUCAAGGGACUCGGAUUCGUAGCCUUCUUCUUCGCCUUCACCUCUUUUCUCCAUUUCCAAACUCCAUCAAUGCCCGCCCCACAUUCUCCCUCUUUUUCCUCACUCUCAAAUUCCAUCGUUAAUUACUCUCAGCUAAACUUCAGCUGCAAUCCCCACUCUUCAUCGUCUCAUCGAUCCGAUUUCCCUCGCUCAUGGAAAAUCUCAUUUCCUUGGUCAACAAACUUCAGAGAGCUUGCACGGCUCUCGGCGACCAUGGCGAAGAGAGCGCUUUACCCACUCUCUGGGACUCCCUUCCUGCCAUUGCCGUCGUCGGAGGCCAGAGCUCUGGCAAGUCUUCGGUGUUGGAGAGCAUUGUUGGAAAAGACUUUUUACCUCGGGGAGCUGGGAUUGUCACCCGACGCCCUCUUGUUUUGCAGCUUCAUAGAAUCGAUGAAGGAAAAGAAUACGGAGAAUUCAUGCAUCUCCCUAGGAAAAAAUUUACUGAUUUUGCUGCCCUGAGACAGGAGAUCUCAGACGAGACUGAUAGAGAGACAGGGCGAAGUAAACAAAUUUCAAGUGUUCCAAUCCAUCUUAGUAUCUACUCUCCCAACGUCGUUAACCUGACACUCAUUGAUCUUCCUGGGCUGACAAAAGUAGCUGUUGAGGGCCAAUCUGAAAGCAUUGUUCAAGAUAUAGAGAACAUGGUCCGAUCCUUCAUAGAAAAGCCUAAUUGCAUCAUUCUGGCCAUUUCUCCAGCAAACCAGGAUCUUGCGACAUCUGAUGCAAUUAAAAUUUCUCGUGAAGUAGAUCCAAAAGGUGAGAGGACAUUUGGAGUUCUGACGAAAAUCGAUCUUAUGGACCAAGGGACAAAUGCAGUUGAUAUUUUAGAAGGACGAGCAUAUAAACUGCAGUUUCCUUGGAUUGGGGUUGUUAAUCGUUCACAAGCUGAUAUAAAUAAAAGCGUUGAUAUGAUUGCGGCUCGUCGUAGAGAACGUGAAUAUUUUGCUACUAGUCCAGAGUAUCAGCACAUGGCCAGUAGGAUGGGUUCUGAACAUUUAGGGAAGAUGCUUUCAAAGCAUCUGGAAACUGUCAUCAAGUCCAGAAUUCCAGGCCUCCAGUCUCUUAUUAACAAAACUAUCGCUGAAUUGGAGGCAGAGUUGAGUCGUCUUGGAAAAUCCAUUGCAACUGAUACUGGAGGAAAAUUAUAUAUGAUCAUGGAAAUUUCCCGCACAUUUGAUCAGAUAUUUAAAGAACAUCUAGAUGGCGUACGCCCAGGUGGAGACAAGAUUUAUUCUGUGUUUGACAAUCAAUUCCCGGCUGCUUUAAAGAGAUUGCAUUUUGACAAGCAUCUUUCUAUGGAUAAUGUUCGGAAGAUAAUAACUGAAGCGGAUGGAUACCAACCUCAUUUAAUUGCACCUGAACCCGGGUAUCGCCGGCUUGUUGAAUCUACCUUGGUAACCAUUAGAGGUCCUGCAGAGGCAGCUGUAGAUGCGGUUUUUUCUCUUCUUAAAGAGUUGGUGCAGAAGUCAGUCAGUGAGACUGCGGAGUUAAAGCAAUAUCCUACCUUGAGAGCAGAGGUUUUGAAGGCAGCUAUUAGCUCAUUAGAGAGGAUGAAGGAAGAAAGCAAGAGAGCCACCUUACAACUAGUGGAUAUGGAGUGUGGUUACUUAACUGUCGAAUUUUUUCGCAAGCUUCCACAAGAUGUUGAAAAGGGUGGAAAUCCAACACAUUCGAUUUUUGAUAGAUACAACGAUUCUUAUCUCCGGCGAGUUGGAUCCACAGUAUUGUCCUAUGUCAAUAUGGUUUGUGGAACUCUGAGGAAUUCUAUUCCAAAAUCAAUAGUAUAUUGUCAAGUCCGGGAGGCCAAACGCAGCUUGCUCGAUCAUUUCUUUGCAGAAUUGGGUACAAAGGAGUCGAAACAAUUAGGAAAAUUGUUGGAUGAGGAUCCGGCCAUCAUGCAACGAAGAAUUUCAAUAGGGAAGAGGUUGGAGCUAUAUAGAAGUGCCCAAGCCGAGAUCGAUGCUGUUUCUUGGGCUAAGUAGAGAAAUCAUCAACAAAACACAUCCCUCUGGAAGAUUGAAGUAUGGUUUCUACAAACACUCAUUAAUUUAAAUUCUUUAUUCUUUUAUAACUUUUAUUAAUCAUAAACGCAAAUCUCUCAAAUUUCCUUUGCUUUCCAAAACUUUGGAACUUCGUAAAUUUGGUGUUUUGUGAGAUAAAGCUUUACAACCUAAA